AACACGUUUGUGAACAACGAGGGAUACCUACAUCAAUACCUACAUGCAUCAGCCCCUCUCCAAUCGCCCACUCGCCCACCCAGCCUCGCUAUCUUUCCUCCCAACGGCCGUGCUUCCUGCUAUACAAGAUUCAGUCCCUGACAGAGUCGACUCUCUGCUCUUGGUCUGGCUCACCAGGUCACCUAUUCUGUUUUCCCUUGCUCGACCACGGUGAUCGCGGAACAGUACAUGCGGCAUCGCCUCACCAUUCUUCGAGACGUGUGUUGGCGCCAUGGACGGAAGGGCAACGGUUAGGCCGCAGUGGUCCUUGCGUGGCAGACAGCCAGGGAUCUCCCCAGACUGCUUUAGCUUCUUCGGACACAACCCAUGCACUUCUCCGGGACUGCUUGAAGAAUGACACGGCCGUCGUUCGGAUGACACACGGGCCUUCAACACGGAGCAGACUUUGAGCGUUGCCAGUUCGGGCGUUUUAAGAGCCUUCUACCCAGCGAACACUUUGCAACUACAGUCAAUUCUCACGGAAGCUCUCUGGUCGAUGAACCCACACAUACAGCAAAGUCACAUUAUGCAUGGUGCUAUGCACUCUUGCUGUGAGAGCAAGCUUUGUGAACAAUCAAGUUUUGAGCCGUACAAGCCCACUUCGGGAUUUGAUGGUGGAUGUUACAUGGUGGAUGGAGGUGACAAACGCUCACUACUUGCUCUGUUCCGUCGGAUGUUUCUUCGGGGCCCACUGCCUUGCCUGCACCCACAUCAUACUCUGGCACACUGGAAAGAAGGAGACAGAGAGAGAGAGAGAGAGAGAGAGAAAGAAAGAGACAGGGCAAACAAUGAAGCUUGAGCCCACUUGGAAAACUC